UACAAAAUGGACGGCAAUAAAGAUGAGGCACUAAAAUGCCGUAGACUUGCUGAGAAUUAUCUCAAAGAAGGGAACAAAGAGAGAGCUUUUAAAUUUCUCCAUAAGGCACAGAAGCUUUAUCCAUCGAAAGAAGUUGAAGAUUUAAUUGAAAGUUUGUCAAAGAAUGGUAUGUCAACUGGAGCCAAACAUGAGACCAGGGAUGAGAAUCUACGUCACAGAGCAGCAAAUGGUAGUGCCACUCAUAGUGCUCCAGAGGAGAAAAAUUAUACACCAGAACAGGUGGAGGCUGUCAAAAAGAUCAAAAAGUGUAAAGAUUACUAUGAAAUCUUGGGAGUUAAUAAGGAAGCUACAGAACCCGAGUUAAAGAAAGCUUACAAGAAGCUUGCACUGCAGUUUCACCCAGACAAGAAUAGGGCACCAGGGGCAUCUGAGGCAUUCAAAGCCAUAGGCAAUGCUUUUGCAGUCCUCUCAGAUCCCGAGAAGAGAAGGAGAUAUGAUCAGUAUGGUGAUGAGAAUCCUCAGCCACAGAUUUACAGGAAUCAUAAUGAUUAUUCCAGAGGAUUUGAAGCUGAUAUUACCCCAGAAGAACUAUUCAACAUGUUCUUUGGUGGGUUUGGUGGAAUUUCUGGAGGUCGUGUAUUUAUGCAGAGAAGACAUAAUCAUGGUAGGCGCCACAGGCCUCAGCAAUUUCAUGAAGAGGAAGAAAAUGAGCCUCCGUUGUUGCACUCGUUAUUGCAGUUUAUGCCAAUCUUGUUAUUAGUAGGAUUAUCACUGAUGAGUAGCUUUAUGCUACAAGACCCACCUUAUUCAUUAUCUAGAACAGGUUCCUAUUAUAUUCGAAGAGAAACACCCAAACGCAAGAUUCCCUUUUAUGUUCAGGAAGGAUUCGAAGAUCAAUACGAAAAUAAAAUUCAUAUGAUAGAAAAAAGAGUGGAAGAUGACUACAUAGGCCGACUCCAGUCCCAGUGCUACAGAGAGAGACAAUACAGAGAAGAAGUGCGAGCUCGUGCCCGUUUUUGGCGAGAUCAGGCUCUACUGAAUCGAGCAAAUGCAAUGCCGAUGAAAUCGUGUGAAGCACUGGAAAAAAUUCCCGUUUGA